AUGAACCUAAGAGCAUUUGUCACAAACCACACGGACAUCAUGAAUGCAAUAUCCACAAAGGAUCGCUCUUCAAAUCUGUGCCCUAAGGCACUUGGAAUCCAUUGGAAUUCUAUAGCCGACAACUUCUUAUUAUCGAUUAACCUGCCUACGACAGAAUUUGUCAGCAAACAAACCGUUGCACAACAAAUUGCUUCCAUCUAUAACCCACUAGGAUGGUUCAUACCACUCCUGGUCAAAGCAAAACGUUUCCAACAACUUUUGCGGAAGGAGCAAUAUGAUUCUGAUGAACCACUGAAUGAAGAACAUAGACGACAUUAUAACGAAAAUAUCCAACUUCCACAAAAAGGUGCCACGGAAUGUCACACUCGUCAACUCCGCACCGUAUACACUGGUGAUCUAUUCUGA